CAAAGGCUUCUUAUUCAACCAACGUGGUGGUUUGCUAGCGAACAUUAAACCGAAAUAUUGAAGCGUUUAAGACAAAUCUUGUGUAUAUUACUCUUAGUGUUUUAAACACAAUUCUGUGUACAUAUCUACUCGUUCAUUGAAACGUAGAUUGCUUGUUAAAUUAGCUAAUGUGGUAAAUUGAUAUUGCACUAGGCUAAUCGCCCGGAACAUGAGCUCACUAAUCUCGACGGAGAAAGAAGCUCUGGUGAAAGGAGAGGAAGAAGCUUUCAGGAUGAAAAGGGAGGAAGAGGAGUCUAUCACGUUGAAAGAAGAAGAGGAUGAUAUUACAGUGAAAGAGGAAUAUGGGAAAGAGGUUGUGGAAGAGGAGGAUGUAGAAGCUUUCAGAAUCAAAAAGGAGGAAGAUGCCGUAAUUUUGAAAGAAGAGGAAGAACCUUUUGGAGUAAAAGAGGAAGAGGAGGCUAUCUCAAUUAAAGUGGAGGAGGAAGACGUUUUGGGAGUGAAAAGGAUGAGGCUGAAAAUUCGAGAGAGAGACAUGACUAUCGUGGAUCCUCUGGGAAGCCUCAACAACAUCCUGAUGCUGACGAGGCAGAGGAGAGUCUCUCCAGAUCUGAACACCAGAUGGACAACGCUAGCCCUUCCUCCCUCCCGGAGUCCCCGUGGCGUGCCUCUCCCGGUAGCACCUUACUGCUGGGUAGGAAGAGGUUGUCUGUGCUGCUGGUGGACUGCAGGAAAACAACGGGGCUGAGUGGAACUGUGAGAGGAGGAGAAGAGAAGAAAGGAUCAGAUUUGACACAUCAAAGAGAAAGACCAGGCUCAGAGGAACCAGAGCCAGGGACGUCCAAACCAGCAAGACGACACCAGUGUUCCCACUGUGGAAAGGGUUGUAACCUCUUAUGGGAGCUGAAACAACAUGAGAGAACACACACAGGGGAGAAGCCUUUCCACUGCUCCCAGUGUGGAAAAAGUUUUGGUCAUAAAGGAACCCUGAACAAACACGAGAGAAUACACACAGGGGAGAAGCCUUACCACUGCUUCCAGUGUGGAAAGAGUUUUAACCUGUUAGGGUCUCUGAAACGACAUGAGAGAUUACACACAGGGCAGAAGCCUUACCACUGUUCCCAAUGUGGAAAGGGUUGUAACCUCUUAUGGGAGCUGAAACAGCAUGAGAGAACACACACAGGGGAGAAGCCUUACCACUGCUCGCAGUGUGGAAAGAGUUUUAACCAGAAAGGACAUAUGAAAGCUCAUGAGAGAAUACACACAGGGGAGAAGCCUUACCACUGCUCCCAGUGUGGAAAGAGUUUUAGCCGGUUAAGGAACCUGAAAGUUCAUGAGAUAAUACACACAGGGGAGAAGCCUUACCAGUGCUCCCAGUGUGGCAAGUGUUUUAACCAGUUAGGGGCCAUGAAACAACAUGAGAGAAUGCACACAGGGGAGAAGCCUUACCACUGCUCCCAGUGUGGAAAGUGUUUCAACUGGUCAGGGGAUCUGAAAAAACAUGAGAGAUUACACACAGGGGAGAAGCUUUACCACUGUUCCCAAUGUGGAAAGGGUUGUAACUUAUUAUGGGAUCUGAAACAACAUGAGAGAACACACACAGGGGAGAAGCCUUACCACUGCUCGCAGUGUGGAAAGAGUUUUAAACUGAAAGGACACCUGAAAGCUCACCAGAAAAUUCACACAGGGGAGAAGCCUUACCACUGCUCCCAGUGUGGAAAGUGUUUCAGCCGGUCAGGUGAUCUGAAGAAACAUGACAGAAUACACACAGGGGAGAAGCCUAACCACUCCUCACAGGGUGCAAAGCUUUUGCCCAUUUAGGAAGCAUGAAAAACACAUUAGACUGCACACAAAGGAGAAGGCUUACAAAAGCUCAGACUGUGGGAAAACAUAUUACUCAUAUUACUCGUAACAUAUUACACUUAAAUGACAUUAGAGAAUCUACACAGGAGAGAGAAAUUACUUCUCUUAGCGUGUAUAUUGAUAUUUCACAUCACAUUGACUUAACAUUCAUCAGAGAACAUACACAGUGCUCCCGUUGUCUUAUAUUGUUGACUGACAAUGUGUUUACCUGUCUUUACCAGAUGAAAUUAAAUGGUACAGGGUAUACUCAAACAUAUAUUGGUUUGUUUUUAUUAGAAAACAUUACCAUAUUAAAUUGUUUCUUCCAAUUAUUGAUAAACCUGUACCUGUUAAGAAACUGACUGUUAGAACUGUUAAGGCUCCAUGGAUCGAUGAGGAAAUGAAAAACUGUAUGUUUGAAAGAGUUGGGGGGAAAAGGAAGUGGCUAAUAAGUCUGGCUGUUUUAUGUACUGCAAAUUGAGAAAUGAUGUGACCAAACUCAACAAAAAGAAGAAGAAACUUUAUUGUGAAGCCAAGAUCAAUGAUAUAAAGAAUGAUGGGAAGAAAACAGUGAGUUAUAUUCAUGCAUAAAAAAAACAAAUAAUGAAAGAAAUAUAAUCAUGUAACCAAAUAAUUGAUUAAAACAUACUAUUUUG